UGCACGGGGAAGAUGGAGGAGUUCUUUCUCUUUGGAGCCUUCCUGGAAGCUACCAUGAUUGACAGGAAGAUUGGUGACAAACCCAUCAACUUUGAAGUCACAAUAGGUAACUAUGGGAACCAGAUGGAUGGCACGACCAAACCCACCCUACGGAGGAAAAAAGAGGGAGGGGAUGGGGUUGAGGAGGAGUCUGAGCUACUCCAGAACUCAAGUGAAGAUGAAGGUGAUGAGGAUGGAGAGCUGAUCUCUGUUUCUUCAUCUCAGCCCAUGAAGCCCCUGGUCACAGACAGGAACUACUUCCACCUGCCAUACUUUGAGAAGAAGCCCUGCAUCUAUAUCAAGAGUUGGUGGCAGGACCAACGCCGCAGAUUGUAUAACGCCAACAUCAUGGACAAGAUUGCAGACAAGCUGGAGGAAGGACUCAACGACGUGCAAGAAAUGAUCAAGACCGAGAAGCCGCAUCCGGAGCGGCGGCUCCGAGGGGUCCUGGAGGAGCUGAGCAGUGGGUGCUUGCGCUUCGUGACGUUGGCUGACAAGGACCAGCACCACUCUUCCCGCACGAGGCUGGACCGGGAGAGGCUCAAGUCCUGCAUGCGGGAGCUGGAGAACAUGGGGCAGCAAGCCACGACUCUACGGUCACAGGUGAAGAAGAACACCAUGAAAGACAAGCUGAAGCUGGUGCAAAAUUUCCUGCAGAAGCUCCGGUUCUUGGCAGACGAGCCCCAGCACACUAUUCCCGACAUCUUCAUCUGGAUGAUGAGCAACAACAAGCGCAUUGCCUACGCCCGCAUCCCUUCCAAGGACAUCCUCUACUCCAUCGUGGAUGAGGAGAUGGGCAAGGACUGCGCCAAAGUGAAGACCAUCUUCCUCAAGCUACCUGGGAAGAGGGGCUUCGGACCUGCUGGCUGGACCGUUCAGGCCAAGAUGGAGAUCUACUUAUGGCUGGGCCUCAACAAACAACGCAAAGACUUCUUGAGUGGCUUGCCCUGUGGCUUUGAGGAGAAGAAGACCACUAGAGGCCAAAACUUGUCAUCCUUCCCACCCAUCAGCCUCCUUUAUACCAAGAAGCAGGUUUUCCAGCUACGAGCCCACAUGUAUCAAGCCAGGAGUCUGUUUGCAGCCGACAGCAGUGGCCUUUCAGACCCCUUUGCAAGAGUCUUCUUCAUCUCCCAGAGCCAAUGCACUGAGGUUCUCAAUGAGACCCUUUGCCCGACCUGGGACCAGCUGCUGGUCUUUGACAACGUGGAGCUUUAUGGAGAAGCUCAUGAGAUGCGGGAUGACCCUCCUAUAAUUGUCAUCGAGAUCUAUGACCAGGACACAGUGGGCAAAGCUGACUUCAUGGGCCGCACCUUUGCCAAACCUGUGGUGAAGAUGUCGGAUGAGCACUACUGCCCACCACGCUUCCCCCCACAGCUGGAGUACUACCAGAUCUACCGAGGCAACUCCACAGCUGGUGACCUGCUGGCUGCCUUCGAGCUGCUCCAGAUUGGCCCUGGGGGCAAGUCAGACCUGCCCUCAAUUGACGGCCCCACAGACAUAGACCGGGGCCCCAUCCUGCCGGUGCCACUGGGGAUUCGGCCGGUGCUGAGUAAAUACAGAGUGGAGAUCUUGUUUUGGGGCCUGAGGGAUCUGAAGAGAGUGAACCUAGCCCAGGUGGACCGACCCCGUGUGGACAUUGAGUGUGCUGGGAGAGGGGUCCAGUCAGCCCUCAUCCAGAACUACAAGAAAAACCCCAACUUCAGCACUUUGGUCAAGUGGUUCGAAGUGGACCUCCCAGAGAAUGAGCUGCUGCACCCACCCCUCAACAUCCGAGUGGUGGACUGCCGGGCUUUCGGGCGUUACACCCUGGUGGGUUCCCACGCUGUCAGCUCCCUCCGAAAGUUCAUCUACCGCCCACCAGAUAAGAAAGCCCAGCACUGGAACAUGACAGCUAAACACCUCAAUGGUUAUCUGGCAAUGGCCAACGGGGCCCAUCGCUCUCGCCCCACAGGGGAGAUCGUUGUCAAUAUGGAACCUGAGGUUCCCAUCAAGAAGAUGGAGACGAUGGUGAAGCUGGAAGCUAACUCCGACGCAGUGGUGAAGGUGGACGUGACAGAGGAAGAGAAGGAGAAAAAGAAAAAGAAGAAGAAAGGAGGAGGAGGAGAGGAAGUAGAAGAGGAAGAACCGGAUGAGAGCAUGCUGGACUGGUGGUCCAAGUAUUUUGCCUCAAUUGAGACUAUGAAGGAGCAACUCCGGCAGCAAGAAGCUGCCGCAGCAGAAGCGGAGGAGAAGGAAGAAAUGGAGAUUGCAGAGGGCUCCAAGGGUCAGACGAAGAACAAGGAGAAGUCCAAGGCACCCAAAGAUGAUAAGAAAAAGAAGCAACAGUCAGCCUCUGAGCUUCCCGAGAAGAAGAACAAGCAGAAGAUCGACGAACUGAAGGUCUUCAACAAAGAGCUGGAAACAGAGUUUGAUAACUUCGAGGACUGGCUGCACACCUUCAACCUACUCCGUGGGAAGAUCGGAGACAACGACGACAACGCAACGGAAGAGGAGCGGAUAGUGGGCAGGUUCAAAGGCUCCAUUUGUGUCUACAAAGUCCCACUGCCUGAUGAUAUCACCAAAGAGGCAGGAUACGACCCCAACUUCGGCAUGUUCCAGGGGAUCCCCAGCAACGACCCCAUCAACGUGCUGGUCCGAGUCUAUAUUGUGCGGGCCACGGACCUUCACCCAGCUGACAUCAAUGGGAAGGCAGACCCCUAUAUUGCCAUCAAGCUGGGCAAGACAGACAUCAAAGACAAGGAGAACUACAUCUCCAAGCAGUUGAACCCUGUCUUUGGAAAAUCCUUCGACAUCGAGGCCACCUUCCCCAUGGAGUCCAUGCUGACAGUGGCAGUGUACGACUGGGACUUGGUGGGGACUGAUGACCUCAUUGGAGAGACCAAGAUCGACCUGGAGAACCGCUACUACAGCAAGCACCGAGCUACUUGUGGGGUGUCACAGACUUACUCCAUACAUGGUUAUAACACCUGGCGUGACCCCAUGAAGCCCUCUCAAAUCCUGUCCAAGCUGUGCAAAGAGGGCAAGGUGGAUGGGCCGCACUUUGGGCCAGGAGGAAGAGUGAAAGUUGCCAACAGGGUCUUCACCGGCCCCACGGAGAUUGAGGAUGAAAAUGGUCAGAAGAAGCAGACAGAUGAACAUCUGGCCCUGACUGUGCUACGUCACUGGGAGGACAUCCCGCGGGCAGGCUGCAAGCUGGUCCCUGAGCACGUGGAGACGCGGCCUCUGAGGCAUCGAGCAGGUCCUCGCAGUCCCAGGGGUCGCCUGGAGAUGUGGGUGGACAUGUUCCCCAUGGACAUGCCAGCGCCCGGCCCUGCCACUGAUAUUUCCCCCAGGAAACCAAAGAAGUAA